AUGCCCGACAAUAGAAACAUGUCAGAAAUCAUGAGGCAUUCCGAGCGUCUCACGAAUGGAAACGAUGGAGUGGUGGUCUCAAUCCCCGAUGUACCCAUCACUGAGCAGAGAAAACCUUUCGUGAACUCAGAAUACUCAAAACUCCAGCACAUAGGCACUGCCCGUGCGAAUGUCGCCCCAUCAGCAGAAUCCCCUGAUGGCACACCGGGCUGGAAGGAGAAGCACUCUCACCAGACCGUUCUACAACAACACUGCGACUUCUUUGACCGCGACCACGACGGCAUCCUUUGGCCGCAGGAUACAUUCGUUGGCUUCUAUCGGCUUGGUUACGGUAUCAUACUGUCUAUCGUGGCGGUGUUUGUUAUCCACUCCAACUUUUCGUACCCGACAUGCUCUGGAUGGCUGCCCGAUCCAUUCUUUCGUAUCUUCCUCAAGAACGUACACAGGGAUAAGCAUGGCAGUGACACUGGGACGUAUGACCACGAAGGGCGCUUUGUGCCGCAGAGGUUUGAAGACAUUUUCACCAAAUACGCGGAUGGUAGGGACUACCUUACGAUCUGGGACGUGAGCAAUGUGCUCAAAGGACAACGAUGCAUUGCUGACCCAAUUGGUUGGGGUGGUGCCUUCUUCGAAUGGAUUGCCACCUACAUUAUGCUAUGGCCCGAGGACGGCCGAAUGAUGAAGGAAGAUAUCCGUGGUAUCUACGACGGAAGCAUAUUCUAUACACUCGCUGAGAGACGAGAGAAGGCUUCGUGA